AUGCUCGGCACUCCCCAACGUCGGCAGCGGUUAGUGCAGUGGCAGGAACAGCUGAAACAAAGCAAAUUGGAGCAUUAUCUGCAGUAUCACCUGCAGCAACACCUUCAGCAACAAUACCUGCAGCAACACCUGCAACAACAGCUGCAGCAACAGCUGCAGCAACGUCUGCAGCAACAACUGGGGGAUACGCAGCUGCGUGUGCAGCAGUGCGCAUGCCCCCUUGCUGAGCAAGCACCUCCGAAGCGUCCCCCAUAUUGGCACCAACAACAACACCAACAACAACUGCAGCACCAACGACUGCAGCACCAACAACACCAGCAGCAACUGCAGCAGCAGCAGCAGCACUUCCUGGUGUGUAACGUGCAUGGCUUUCUACAAAUCUGCAAGGGACCAGCAGGCGGAAAAAGGUCGUGUGCGGCACCGAUUGCUGUCUCAAUUUUCUCAGCAGCAGCUUUACACGCAGCCUCCAACGCACAGAGCGCAACCAUGGCAGCCUCCAACGCACAGAGCACAGCCAUGGCAGCCUCCAACGCACAGAGCACAACCAUGGCAGCCUCCCCAGACCCCGCACGGCUCUUAUGGAAAGCACAGCCACACGUGGGAGGCAGCACCGAAGUGCAUCAGCAUGGCGAGCUCUCCCUAGACUGGGGGACGGCUUGUAAGGCUGCAUGCAAGCCUCCCCUGCAGGCGCUGCUCCGCGAUAGUCCGCGAGGCUCUCCUUUGCCAAGUGCGCUAUCCGGGAAGCAGCAGACGUCUCACGAGCAGCGCCGUUUGCAGCCUCCUCUCGUGCUUCCUUCUCCGCCGCAAGGGGGGAAGCCUUUCGAGCAGCAGCCGCUUACCCUGCAUGCCAAGAUUGAGCGCCUGGUGAAGAAUCGAAUUCUGCAGCAAAUGGUGAGGCCCUCCUCAUCUCCGGACUGCAACUCCAUUACUUCACGCUUCCGCCUGAGGAAUCACAUCACAAUGACGGAAGACUUCCAGAGGGUUGGCUCGUACCAGCGGGCGAUCCGAAUUCGCUGUGGCAAUGCUGGGAGAGCACAAGGCACUCAAGGGCCUCUCGUGAUCGAGAUCGGAACUGGACCGUUCGCACUGCUCUCCGUCAAUGCGGCUAGAGAGGGUGCACGGAGAGUUGUGGCGUUCGAAGCAGAGAGAAGGAGCAGCAACAGUGCCGCUGCGUUCGUUAAAGCCCUCGGAUAUGCGCAGCAAAUUAAGGUUAUUAGGGCCUACAGCACAGAUCUCACUCCAGAGCACUUCAGUAGGAUCCUCAAGCAGCAGGAUGAGGAGCCGCGUCAACGAGGGGACGACGGUAGCAACAAUAGCAGCAACAGCAGUAGCAGCAAUAGCAGCAGUGGCAGUCGUGGAAAGAAAGGCACGGGCAGCAGCGGCAGCGAGACGGCAGCAGCGGGGACAGGAGCCGCGGCAGCAUCCUGCGAGGAGGACGGAUCUGAUGUGCUGCUGCUUCAUGAAAUUAUCGGCGACUUUGCGGGGAACGAGGGGGCUGCCGACGUCGUGUUGCAUCUGCAGCAGAUGCUGACGCUGCUGCAACUGGAGCAGGGAGUAUGCACACCGCGACUGCCAAAAUCCGUCCCUGUGGCAGCGCGCAGCUUCCUCAGGCCUUGCUGCUUCCCCGACGCGUCUGAGCUGCCCUUCCCUCACCACACCUUUUGCCAGCGGAGCAGGGUGUCUCCCGGAAGGAAACUGCUGCAGGCAGUGGGUUUGCUGCAGCAGCCGCUGCUUUUGGCUUGUUCAGCCUUGGCAGUCUUCGUGCUGCAGGGGCUUACCGCAGAUCCCGCCGCGCGGCAGCUGCAGGCGCAGUUUCAGCAGCAGCAGCAUCGGCGGCAGAUAUCGACUGGGGAAGGCGGAGUUGAGGAGGCUGCUGUAGCUGCCGCAGUCGCAGAGGCUGCUGUGGCUGCAGCGGUGCCUUCGGGGAAUGACGGGGGCAGCUUUGGGGAGGCCUCUGAGGGGGGGAGCGCUGGAGGAGGGGGGCAAAUUCCAGGAACGGCUGGAGGCGGCGUAAGGCCAGUGUUUGAGGAGCUGCUUUUCGAGGAGGCUAUGGAAGAGCAGCAGCAGCAGCGGCGUCUGCUAGACUUCGCAGUAGAAAAAGACGGCCUUUUGGCUGGUCUCUGCAUAACCAAUGAAGUGGAGCUUGCGCCGGGUGUGUGUGUGGGAACUGAGAGCUGCCGCAGCAGCUACACAGAGGACACCCGAGCAGCGCAGUCGGUCAGCGGAACCUCAUGCUGGUUUAAAGGCCUUGUGCUGCUGCAGCAGGAGAUCCCUGUGUUAAAAGGAGACAUUAUACGUGUCAUCUCGUUUGCCGAUCUUCAAAACUUUGUACGUGUGGCAGCGAGUCGCAAAGCGGCACGCUACGUGCAAGGUCGAAGUCAGAGCAGAAGCCUCUCAGCUUCCCUCGGAGCGACUUCCAGCGGCCAUGAUACCCAUGGUCGUGUCUUCAAAGGAGAGCUCGCGAGUGACACGACGGCGUCUCCAGCGGCUAAUUCUACGAGCAGCAGCAGCUCCUCUGAGCAGCCUUCCGCAGAGAGUCUUAAUGAGUGCUCGACAGCCAAUAGCGCGAGCGUCUCGGAAAUAGUCAACGAACCGAUCAAGGAGACCCUCAAAGAGGAGGGGCGGCGGCAAAGCACGCGGGAGAGCGCUUGCCAAUCGUUUAACGCAUGCGAGGCUCCUCAGGGAGCUUUAAGCACUCUGAAAGCGUGUCCUCGGAUUUCUGUCGGGGGCACGUACAGUGGUGCUACUGCCGCUGUUGCAGGCUUUGAGAAGGGAAAGAGGGUUCUUGCGCCCGUAGGCGAUGGCGCAAAGUCGAAGCAGCGCCGAAUUGAGGCUUCGAAAAAAAAAGAGGCACUCAAGGCCAGUCCGGUGCUCCCCCGCGAUUCGCGCGAGGCUCGACGAUCCGAUGAGGGGCGCUGUGAGCUGCCAGAGCAGCUGGGAAAAGCCGCCACUGGGGAAGGCGAGCAGCCACACGAGCAGGAGCGUGUCUCUAGAAUUAGGGCCUUAAAAGAAAAGUUGCAACAGCAGUCUCGGUACUCGCGCCCUCGCUAUUUGUUCAGCGUUAGGGUGUACAGGGGCUCAGUGAUACUGGGAGAGGAAGCGAUAGAUGUGCCUAUAGAGGAGCAGUGCCCAGACGCGCCGCCAGAUGCUGCAGGUGGUGGCUAG